UUGUGCUACGUGUAGCUUUGCUGCAGCGGGAAUGUGCAUUAGCUCUGCUCGUUGCUGCUGCUGCUGCCUUUGCUGCAGUAAUUAAUGAUUCCGAGAUAGCAAAGAGUGGAGCGCCACGAACAAAGCUAACUUGAACUUGAACUGCUAAAAGCUCACAAAACACAUGUAGAACGCUCGUACACGAAUCAGCCGUUUGAGCUAUCUUUCGCAUCGGGUUUGCAGCGAGAUGAAGGGAAAACUCCACCCAGAAAAGGGUGGGAUUUGCUAGUAUAUAAUGCAUUGGAUUAGGUCAGUGGGCUAUCAGAAGUGUACCAGCGCUUAGCACCAGCUCAACCGAAAUCUUCUCUCACCCACCGUUCACCCUACAGCAUCAACACCGCAAUGAAGUCCUUUUUCUGUGUCGCUUCCUUCUUCCUCCUAGUAGCAUCGGUGCAUGCAUUCACCUUGCGCCAGCAGAAGAUGGUAAGCAUUUUCGCGCUGGAGUGUAUGGCCGAGACAGGCAUUGGGGCUGAAUCGCUGACCAAGCUGCGCGAUGGCGAUCUUACCGCGAACGACCGGACCGCGAAAUGUUUCAUGAAAUGUUUCUUCGAGAAGGAGAACUUUAUGGAUGCGGAGGGUAAGCUGCAGCUGGAAGCGAUUGCCACGGCGCUGGAGAAGGAUUACGACCGGGCCAAGAUUGACGAGAUGCUGGAAAAGUGUGGCGAGCAGAAGGAGGAUGCCUGCGAGACGGCGUUCAAUGCGUACGCGUGCUAUCACGAUCACUAUCAGAACCUCUAAGUAACUACGUAAACGAUCGAAGCGAGGCUCGGCUUGAUAGUAUAGUCAAAUCAAAAGCUCCUCAAUGCGAUAGAGUCACGAGAAA